CUAAAGUAAAUGAGGGACACACGACAGCCGAAAGCUAAGGGCCACAGGAGGGAGGAUGUCGAAGCAGGGUGAGGUCGUAUGCGUUACCGGUGGAAGCGGCGGCAUCGGAUCCUGGCUCGUCCGUCUCCUCCUCCACGGUGAUUACACCGUCCACGCCACCGUCAAGGAUCUCAAGGACGAUGGCGAGACGAAGCAUCUAGAAGCGUUAGUAGAGGGGGCAGAGUCGCGCCUCCGUCUCUUCCAGAUCGACCUCCUCGACUACAACUCCAUACUCGCCGCCGUCAAUGGUUGCUCCGGCGUCUUCCACCUCGCCUCUCCCUGCAUCGUCGACCAAGUCCACGACCCCGAGAAGGAGCUUCUGGACCCGGCGAUCAAAGGAACGCUCAAUGUUCUGACGGCCGCGAAGCAGGCUGGGGUCAGCCGUGUGGUGCUGACGUCAUCCAUCUCCGCCAUCACUCCCAGCCCAAGCUGGCCGUCCGAUAAGGUCAAGGGCGAGGAUUGCUGGACAGACAUUGAUUACUGCAAGCAGAAGGGAUUGUGGUAUCCAUUAUCGAAAACGCUGGCGGAGAAAGCUGCGUGGGAAUUUGCCAAGGAGAAGGGGCUGGAUGUGGUUGUGGUGAAUCCGGGCACGGUGAUGGGCCCUGUUAUCUCGCCCAGGCUCAAUGCUAGCAUGUUGAUGCUCCUUCGCAUUCUUGAGGGCUGCACUGAAACAUAUGAGGACUUCUUUAUGGGAUCUGUGCAUUUUAAAGAUGUUGCUCUCGCACACAUUUUAGUGUAUGAGAACAAAUCAGCGACCGGUAGGCACUUGUGUUUGGAAGCUAUAUCACGUUAUGGUGACUUUGUGGCAAAGGUUGCUGAACUUUACCCUGAGUACAAGGUUCACAGUUUUCAUGCGGGUAUAGAUUUGCAUACAUCAUUUUUCUUUGGUCUGUUUAGAAUCACUCCCAAAUGUUGCUUUCCAAGUUUAUCAACCGUUAGUUUGCCAAAGGACACCCAACUGGGCUUGCUGAGGGAAAAGAACGCAGCGAAGAAGCUAAUGAACUUGGGUUUAGAAUUCAUUCCCAUGGAUCAAAUUAUCAAGGACGGUGUGGAGAGCCUAAAGAGCAAGGGAUUUAUUUCAUAAAUAAAACUGCAGGGAUAUGAAACUUAUCAGGGAUUGCAAGGGAUUUAUUUCAUAAAUAAAACUGCAGGGAUAUGAAACUUAUCAGGGAUCUAGGUAUGUCUUGUACAGUUGUACUAGUUGCGAGGACAUGUAACCUGAAUGGUUGUUUCAACUCCCUUGAAUAUUCCCUUUUCUGUGAAGAAAAUACUAUUAAUGAUUGUACGAUAAAUUUACCUUAAAGUUCACACUUAAA